AUGGAUGUAUACGGUCCCGGGGUUGGAGGGUUGGUGACAACAAUCUCCAGUUUCUCUGUCCCGAAUGACGGCACCGCCUGUCUAUGGACUCCUUCUCGUGCUGUCGGUGAGGUCUUGCCCGUUGCUUCAAGGUUUGAGCCGCCUUUCUCUCUGGAGCUCGCGGCAACCGGGAGGUCUCAUUCCGCUCACACCUCUCCCUUGGGCAUUAACGCUACGCUAACUCCAGUUCACCUCUAG